GAAACCAAUAUCUGUUCGUCUUUUGAUCAAUUCUUCUUUUCUACAUUCCAAGUCAUUUCACCAACAAAGUCAGCAAUCAUGCGCUCAGUCACCGAACUCCAAAAGAUCGUCGACAGCGCCGUCAUAGCACGCAAUGUCUUUGACCUACGCCCCGACUACCUCGCCCUUUUAAUCGCAGUUGACGGCAUAACGCCAUCCCCCAGCGAUUCCACUUCCGAGUCCCUCCUCCAAUCAGCAGAGGCCGCAGCCAAAGAUCGUCUUUCCACCACCGUCGUGACAGAAAUUCCCGCCGUAAAAGCCUGGCGCGACACAUAUAAAUCCUUCGGCGCCAAACCCAAAAAAUACCAGAGUUCGAUCGAAGCACUCACCCGCCGCAUACCCAAUGGAGGACUACCCAGAGUGAACCGGCUCACAGACAUUUACAACGGCAUCUCAGUCUUGCACAACCUACCCCUAGGAGGAGAAAACCUAGACGCCUAUACAGGAACGCCAAAACUCAUCCGUGCCUCGGGGACAGAAGAGUUCGAAACCAAAACCGGCAUCGAACAUCCAGAUGUAGGGGAAGUGGUUUGGUGCGAUGACGCGGGGGUCACGUGUAGGAAUUGGAAUUGGAGGCAAUGUGUGCGUACGCAAUUGAAAGAGGAGACCACUUCGGCGUUGUUCAUAUUGGAUGCAUUGGCACCGAUGAAGAGGGAGGAUGUGGAAAAGGCUGGGGAGGAAUUGGUGGAGGCGUUGCAGGAAGGGGGGGAGGGGUUGGUUGUUGCGAAGAGGGUUUUGGGAAAGGAGGAUGCGGGUGAUGUUUGAGAUGUGGAAGGGGAGGGAAAGCAAGAAGUUGUGGUACCUCUGGGAGGUAUGGAGGGUACUUGGAAUAGAAAAAAGUACGGA